AUGAGAACAGAAAGGGGCGCCACGACGAUCCUCGAGCUCCAGAGCUCGCCCGACAACCCGGCCCGCACGAGCGGCAGCAGCAGCCCGGAGCGCCAGGCCGAGGAUGGGAACGGGCUCGAGAUGCCCGGUCUGCCCGCGGUCGACCGCGGCAAGGACGCCUACCUGUUUCUCACCGCUUGCUUCAUGAUUGAGGCGCUCGUCUGGGGCUUCAGUUACAGCUUCGGCGUCUUUCAAGACUACUAUAGCACUCACGAGCCGUUCGCUGGCGCGGCCAACGUACCCGUGAUCGGCACCUGCGCCAUGGGGAUCAUGUACCUGUCGACGCCGCUCGUCAUGUACGCGCACCGUCGCUUCCCCAAGCCGGCGCGGUACUCGACCAUCCUGGGCCUACUGCUAAUGUGCCUCGCGCUCGCGCUGAGCUCCUUCUCGACCACCGUGACGCACCUGAUCGUGACGCAGGGCGUCUUUUACGCCGUAGGCGGCUCCAUCGCCUAUACCAGCUGCAUCGUCUACCUGGAGCAGUGGUUCGUCGCCCGCCGCGGCCUGGCCUUCGGCAUCAUGUGGUCCGCCACCGGCCUCUCGGGCGUCGUCCUCCCGCUCCUUCUCGAGCGCCUGCUCUCGGCCUACGGCCACCCCACCACCCUGCGCCUCUUCGCCUGCCUCGUCUUCCUCCUCACCGCACCUCUCAGCUGGUUCAUCCGCCCCCGCCUGCCCGUCGCCCAGGCCAGCGCCGCCCGCCCCUUCUCGCUCCGCUUCGUCGUCGAGCGGCCCUUUAUGCUCUAUCAGGCCUUCAACGUCGUCGAGGCCCUGCCCUCCUACGCCCGCGCCGUCCUCGGCGCCCGGCCCCUCCCCUCCGUCGUCGCCAUGAUGCUCGUCAACGUCGCCAACUGGGCCGGCUGCGUCGCCAUGGGCUGGCUCAUCGACCACCUCGAGGUCACCCGCUGCUUCCUCGUCUCCUCCCUCGGCGCCACCCUCGGCACCCUCCUGCUGUGGGGCAUGUCGGUCAACCUGCCGGUCCUCUACCUCUUCUGCAUCGUCUACGGCCUCUUCGCCGGCUCCUACUCGGCCGCAUGGCCGGGCAUCAUGAAGGAGAUCACGUCCCGGCCUCCUCCUCCUCCGUCCGACGGUAGUACGGACGGCAGCGGGCACGGCCACGAGCACGGUUCCCUGGCCGACCCCAGCAUGGUGUUCGCCUUCCUGGCCAUGGGCCGCGGCAUCGGGAACGUCGUCUCGGGCCCGCUGAGCGAGGCGCUCGUCAAGGGCAUGCCGUGGCAGGGGCAUGCCUUUGGCGGCUACGGCAGCGGCUACGGCGGGCUCAUUGCCUUUACCGGAGCCACCGCCUUCUUCAGCGGCGGGAGUUAUUUGUGGAAGCGGUUAGGGUGGCUGUAG